AUGGCAGGAAUUAGACAAAGCAAAUUUAAACAUGUUCUUGGUAGACCACUAAAGCGAGCAGAAUGUUAUGAAUGCAUACCAAUCACUAGAAGCACCCAUGAUACUAACUUUUGUGCUGUUAACCCCAAAUAUCUCGCAAUUAUUACAGAGUCCAGUGGCGGUGGUGGAUUUACUGUUAUUCCCAUUGAAAAGGUCGGCCGAAUGCCGAAUACUUUGCCGAUGGUCGCCGGCCAUACUGCUGCUGUGAUUGAUAUCCAGUGGUGCCCACACAAUAAUGAUAUUAUUGCUAGUGGUUCAGAAGACUGUACCAUUAAGAUUUGGCAAAUACCUGACGGUGGAAUCGGUGAGGGACCUUUGACCGAUUCCAUUGCAACAUUAAUCGGGCAUCAACGUCGUGUAAAUCUUGUUAUGUGGCACCCUACGGCUCAGGGCGCUGAUAAUGUUAUUAUCCUGUGGAAUACAAUGACCCAAUCUACACUCAUGUCUGUCGAGCUUCCGAAUUCCGUCACCUGCCUUAGUUUUAAUUACAACGGUUCCAAGUUGGCGGCUUGCUGUAAGGAUGGAAAAACACGCAUACUUAAUCCGAGAACCGGAGAUGUAAUUCAUACUGGCACUUGUCAUGAGGGUAAAAAGCCACAAAUGUGUGUCUUUUUGGGCAAAGAUCGUCUCUUUACUACGGGUUUUUCGAAGAUGAGCGAACGCCAACUGGCCCUUUGGGAUUCUGAUAAUUUAAGUGAAUGCCUCUGGCGACAGGAGCUGGACAUCACAAAUGGUGUCCUCUUUCCCUUUUACGACAUCGACACAAAUCUUAUCUUCGUUUGUGGCAAGGGGGACAGCACAGUGCGUUACUUUGAGUAUUGUCCAGAUGAAAAACAAGUUUACUACCUGAGCCGCUACGACAGCACCGAUCCCCAGCGUGGGUUCGCCUUCAUGCCGAAGCUGGGCUUGAACGUGAGCGCCUGUGAGAUUGCGCGUAUGUACAAGCUGCACAACAAGAACUGGUGCGAGGUCAUUCCUUUUACUGUGCCGCGUAAGUCUGGCCUCUUCCAGGAGGACCUCUACCCGGACACCGUCGCCCCCGUCGCUGCCCUCUCUGCCGAAGACUGGUUCAACGGCAAUGAUGCUGAUCCCAUCAAGGUAGGCCAUCUCUGUCACUUUUCAAAAGCGAUGUUUCCUGGACUCAAAAGUACCUCUGUUACUGUUGAAUACUCGGUAUCUGUCAAGGAGGCCAGCAACGUUCAGAAUUCGAGCUUCAUAAUCCAAUCACAGCCAACUUCCAGGCCCAUGUCGCACGUGGACGCACCGACGGAGGCGAAGGCGCGCGCUCCGCCGGUGACGGACACCCGCACCUCCCACAGCGCCCACCUUGAAUGCGCCGCCACCAUCGAGCAGCUGAGUCAGGUGAUCGACAAACUCGUGGACCGGGUCAAGUCCCUCGAGGCGCGGGUCCUGCAUUUGGAGGGUCACGGGGACGACGAAAGCGACGACAGCGAAAGUGAGGCCACCAGGUCUAGCACUUUCGAACGCAUCUAA